CAAAAACUGUGUUGCCUAUGCUACUCUUCAACAGCUGCCGAAGAAGAGGAGCUUCACGGACUUGCCUUCGUCCAUUCAUGGGUGGAAGAGCAAGUUCGUUUUUGUAUCCCUUGGUGAGAGUGGCACCGAGUUUCCCUCUCUCGGCCAUACCGGGAGGUUUAAUCUGCAUGACCCGCCGAAGAGCUCUAUCUUGGACGCUCAGGUGGAGGCUUUCUUGGAAGGGGGGCCGAGGAGCGUGAAGGAUUAUAUCACUGAAUACAAGAUGACCGCCCUCGGCUUCUUGAGAUACCAUGUGUAUGGCGAUAAGGAGGAUGAUAUCCAACUCUGGCCGAGGAUGACCACCACCUUCGAAGAGGCCGACGUCCCAGAUUUGGGCAUUCCUGCUGAGGCCGAUGAUUUUGUCAUGGAUCAUCGUUCCAUCAUGGCAAUUGCUAAGGCCAAAGCGGCUGAGGAGUUGGCUGCAAAGGCGGCCGAGGAGGCCAGACGUGCCGCG